UCAUGAACCAGUUGCUCCCAAUAACUCGAGUUCUUGGGAGAGGUUCAAUCGUGGAUCAUAUACCACACACUAACACGCUCCUUCAAACGAAAGCCACUCACAAGGGCUUGAAGUUUGCACAAGUCCGAAUACCAUGUGCUUAACAAAUGGGGUCACCGGGAAUCGAACACAAGACCUCUCGGUCACAAAAGGCUCUGAUACCAUGUAAAUAUUGUGAAACCCCAAGUUCUAUAUUGUUGAUAUGCUGAAUAUAUAAUACACCAUGGCAACAGACUGCCGAGUUUACAGUAAGCCAAUAACAGAAACAUGGCUGUAAAAUAGGAACUACAGAUGGUGGAAUGUAACCAGAAAGUUGAAUGAGUCAAUAGUCCUUAUCAUGCCCCCACAAGUGAAGCCGAGGAGAGGCAAAACUUGGAACAGAUUGCUGAAAAGGGAGUAGCUUUGGAGGCGUCGCAUUGAGCACAUACCCGUCGCCCCUAUUGGCAGUCUUCUCACACUUGAAAGAUGAUGGCUUUAUGCGUACAGCCUGGUAGAACAUUUGUGCUCUAGGUAUUGCACCGGACAGAGAAAGCUCACGUCCAUGGCUGGUUCUCUCUUCUGUGGGUACUCUGUUUUAUUUCUCCUCGGUUUUCAAUUUCUGGGUAGGGAAUCUUUCCAGGCAUCGAAGAAAAUGUAUUAAAUGGGGGAAGGAAAGCGGGGUAAAAAGGUAGGGGAGGGAGGAAGAAUUGUGAUAGAUAAGGUAAAUCAGUAUAGAGAGAAGGAGAGAUUGAGCUGAAACGGAAAUCUUGCUGGGGAAUUACUCUGCCGCAAAAGUGGGUAACGGGGAAUAUAUGAAGCAUGGGAAGGAAAUAAAUCCACUUUUGGGAGGCUUAAAGAGGAAAAUAUGCCAUCGGUCACGGCCAAGCGGAUCGCCUGAAAAGGAAGAAAGGGAAGAGAAGCGGUGGAUUAGUAGGGAAGGAAUGGAGGUUGGGUGGGGGGCACUUGCUUUGGCGAUUUGAAAGGAAGAGAGAAGAAGGGAAAGUGGUAGUGGUAAUGGUGGCCGGUGGGGCACUUCUAAUCAUGUGGAAGAAUUGGGGAAAGAAGGAAAGUAGGCAAUUUUGGAAUGGACCGACCAAAUUAUAGAAAGAAGAUUCAGUGGUGUCUGCUGAGUCCAACAUUUCAAAAGGAAGAAAAGCGUAUGAGGUGCAGAGUGGUUGAAGAUUCAGUGGUGUCUGCGGUCGGGAAGAAGGGAUGAAACAACGUAUGCAGGAAUUGAGAGAUUAAGGCAUGGACGGCGAUGAGGUGGACAGAGGUUCGGGAAGAGAAGCGAAGUAGGAGAGGCCGUGGUGCUAUGCAAUUUGUUGGAGCUACGGCUGGAUAGAGAGAGAGGUAUGGCUCAUUUUCCAUAGACGAUGGAACAAGAAGCUAAUGAGGGGAUAAAACAUAGCAGUAGUAGUUUGAGGAUUGCAAAGGAAUCGAGAAAAAAAUGAAGAAAAUAGCAAAGGGUCUCAAGAGAAGAAUGGAGAGCUCGUUUUCUCUGUUUCCAUUGACCAGAGAAUGUGGAAGCAGAGGACGGAGAUAGGAAAAAGAAAAACUAAUUUGCCGUUAGAUUUUCAAGUUCUCACAUAAGAAAAAAUGAAAAAAAUGGUGUUGUUUAUUAACACAUGGGUAUCAUGAAUUCACGAGUUUUCAAUAGAUUGGGUUGUGUUUUAAAUUUCAGAAUUUGUUGGAUUUUUUGUGGAUAAUACAUAUCGUAUUUUUUGUAUGGCUAAAUUGCAAGUUGGUCGCUUGAAUUACUAGUAAAGUUCACGUUUGCCACUAAAAUUAAUUUAUUCCAUCUGUAGUCACUUAAAUUAGGUUAACAUUCCAAAUUUGAUCACUGGCAGUUAGUCUCCGUUAAUUUUUGUUGAUGUGACGGUCAACUCUCAUUGUUGACUGUUAAGUGAGUGACGUGGCAAUUAAAUACCUGAACAUGCUUAAGUGAGUGACGCCUAUGCACUUCCGUAUUUGCACAUAUUUUCACCCUUGUUUCCUGACCAUUUUAGCUCGAAGUUGUUGUUCCUUGGCCUAUUUUACGCUAGGUUGUGUUGUUUUGUCGCAUUUCAGGUCCUAGCAAGUAAAGAGGUGCAUAGGCGCAAGUUUCGGGUCAUUUGGAGGUCGAGGUGCGUUUCAAAGAGAGAAUUACGGGCAGCCCCUGCAGAAUUACGGUCGUAAUUGCUCCUGGCAUGCCCGUAAUUUCAAUGCCGAGCCUAAUUUCUAGAAUUCUUGUCGCAGAGUCAAUUACGGGGCAAGAGUCACUUAAAUUACGGUCGUAAUUCUGUAAUUACUGCCGGUAAUUGGCAAAUUAUGACCGUAAAUCCUGUCUUCCGAGUCAGGGGAAAUGCGCGUUUUGGGCAAUUACGGGCAGACCAUGAUUACGACCGCAAUUCUGCCUGUAAUUCGCCCAGAAUCGGGUUUUUGAGGCAGAUUCGAGCCAAAACAGAGAGAGUCGACUUUUCAGAGCAAAGACAGAGCCCUAGAGAGAGAAAGUGCGAAGAACACACCCUAGAAGCGAUUUUGGAGCUGGGUUUCAUCAAAUCGAGCUUGGAGAUCAUCAUAGGAGUGAAAAUCAUCAUCACAGAGCAGAUUCUUCCCAUCUUGAUGAGUAUGAAUGCUUUGUAUUCUGUUUUCCCCUCUCUCUCUCUAUGGAGUAGAACCCUUCUCUCACUUGGGUAUGAAGUGUUAGAAAUAUAGGUACUAUUUUGUAUUUUGUACAUAUUAAUGACGUGAGUAGGAGCUAAGGUUCUCGGUUGGCUAGUAUAUAUGCUUGUGUAGCCGGCCGACCUCUGUAACCGUUCAGUGAAUAAGAUCCCAUCUCUGCCUUGUGCCGUGGACUAGUCUUGACGAUCAUCGUCAAGGAAACCACGUAAAUCUCGUGUCUCUCGAUCUCUCGUAUUUGUGUUUGUGUUUAUUAUCAUGGUAUCAGAGCCUCAGGAUUCUUGAUCGUGCCUGGGUAUCUUCGUGUGAUCGUGAUUGUGUCUUGCUGCGUCGGUGUGUUCGUGUGCGCCGCUUGGUAUUUGGGUGGCUUGUGACUCUCGGUAUUGGAUUGAUUUUCUUGGUUUUGGAUUGGUUCUUGUGCGUGCCAUUGUCUUGCGCUUGCGUGGGCUGUGCUUCUUGGCUUGGUCUGCUUUUAGCUCUUCGUCCGUCUCCUGUGUGUUGCAUCUUGUAUUCUCUAGUGAAGAUGGACAGCUCAAAGCCUGAUGUGGUGACUGUACUGUUUAAUGGUAAGAAUUUCGCGCUCUGGGAGUUUCAAUUCCGGCUUCACAUGCAAGGUCGUCGUUUGUUUUCCUUUUUGGAUGGAACUGCUCUGCCGCCGGAUACGGAUGCUGCUCCCAAGGUGCGCAAAGACUGGGCUGCGAACAACGCAGCUGUGAUGUCGAGUCUGCUUGGCUCGAUGGAACCCGGGAUUGCCUUGAGUCUUCGGGGCCUUCCCACGGCUGCUGCAAUUUGGAAACACUUGGCGGAUCUAUACUCUAAAGCAAGUGCCUCUAGGAAAUAUGAUAUUGAGUUCGAUUUGGCGGCUUUGAAACAGGGAGAGCUUGAUGUAAGCUCCUAUUAUCAGGAGGCCAUGACUCUUUGGACCGAGCAUGAUUUGAUUACUAGUUCCUUGGUUUCGGCAGCUGCGUCCACUGAAGUUCUUCAAGAAAGGGCUAGCUCCCGUGUUAUGCACUUUCCUAUGAAUCUCCAUGCUGAAUUCGAGGGGAUUCGGGCAUCGCUGUUGCAUCGGGGUAUUUCUACCAUAGAGGCUGUCUUACCUGAGCUACUUCGUGAAGAGACACGCCUGAAGAGUCAAGCCAAGCUUGAUAUACAUGCAUCGGAUUCUCAUUCUGCCUUCGCUGUGAAUCCGGGUCGCCCUCAGUUUGCUCGUACUCCCUCCGGGGAGAUUAUCUGUCAUUUUUGCAAAGAGCCGGGUCACAUUCAGUUUCACUACAAGAAAAGGAGCACGUGCAACUACUGCAAGCUCGAGGGCCACCUCAUUGCGAAUUGUCCGACGUUGGCACGUCGAGGACGUCAACGACAUGGUGCUGGGCCGUCUCGUCCUCGUGGGGGAUACCAGGCUCGUCCCGCGGGCGGGUGCUUAUGCUAUGACUGCGGCUCCACCAUCUCCUGGGCUGUCUGCGGAGGACGUUCGCCGCCUGGUUCAAGAUGCAUUGAAGGAGGCUUUUGCUGCGGGACACGAAAACGGGGAGAGAGAUAGGCCGGGGGAGUAAGACAGGCCGGGUCUAUUUGCUGGAUCACAUAUCGAGGCUGGGAGAAGGGGCGGGUAAUGAUGGUGGAUCGAGCUCUGUCGGAUUAGGUGUGCAAUCUUUAGUUGGUCAUGUUGACAAUUGUCAUGUCAUUUCUUGUUCGGGUUUUUCAGCACAAUUGUCGAACUGGGAUCUGUGGCAUUUUCGAUUGGGUCAUCCCAAUUCUGUGAGACUUCGUACUAUGUUUCAAAACCAUUGGUUAUCAGGAUCUUUGUCGGGGAAUAAUUUACAUGAGUGUGU